AUGGUAUCCUCUCGUUUUGUGAUCCGGAAAGUUAUACCAGUGGUUUUAUUUUUGAUAUGCAUAAUUUUGUUAAGCCAACACUUACCUGUGGAUGUAAGGGGCAUAACUCCUGAUAAUACAGCUAAUGCUAUUGAGGUUUUUGAACCAAGUGUAGUCACUAGAUACCCCCAAGAUGAUCAGGUCCAAUACUGGGUGAACCAUGUUGCAAGAAAUAUCAGGUAUUCAGGAGAAAAAGACAAUUUUGUUUUCAUCAAGUGCAUGAAGUGUGCAACCCAGACUGUCGGCGAUGUUCUUCGACGUUAUGCAUUCACGCGAAGGUUGAAUGUUCUGCUUCCCAGAGAUAACAAUAUAUACCUAGGAUGGCCAUAUUUAAUGCACGAGAUGGACUUCAGACCUUCUGAAGAGAAAUUUAACUGUCUCAUUGAACACUCUGUAUACAACAGGACUAUUACUGAACCCCUGUUCCCAUCCGACACUCAAUAUAUCACUAUUAUCAGAGAACCUUGGAGCCAUUUCAAAUCCACUUUCCACUAUUUCAGAGUGGAUAAAAUUACAGACAUUAAAGCUAAGGACCCAGUGGUAGAAUUUUUAAAAAACAGAAAAAAAUAUGAUUCCCUGUAUAAAAGUCACGAAUCAUAUCCAUACAGAUACUGCAUACCUGAUGGGUUUUCUGUUACCAGAAAUUUGCUGUCUCACUGCCUGGGGAUGCCGUUAGGUUUUCCAAAAAAUAGGACAGACAUUUCCAAUAAUGAGGCAUUAGUUAAUAAGUACAUCAAAAAACUGGACAGAGAGUUUGGACUGGUAAUGAUAAUGGAAUACUUUGAUGAAUCAAUGAUUUUUCUAAAGAGACUAAUGAGAUGGUCAUUUAAAGAUAUCGUGUACGAGAUCGUGAAUGUUGGGAAUUACUCUCAUGACCAGUAUCCGAAAUACAUUAGAGACAUUCACAAGAUGUGGAGCUCCAUGGACUAUAAAUUGUAUGAUCAUUUCCGGAAAAAGAUGGAAUUGGAAAUAAGGAAUGGAGGACCAGCAUUUCAGGCUGAAAUUAAAAAAUUUAAAGCGAUUCUUCAACAAGUGAACCGAUUCUGCAUGUCCGUGAAACGCUCAUCGAGAUUAAAUGCCAAGUUAGAUGUUGAAGAUUUCACUUUCACAGGCUACGAGUGUGCUUUUAUGAGUGAAGAUGUGAAUCGUUUGGAUUUAUUGCAGAAGAGAAAUAACGAAGAAUUGACUGAAAACUUAAAAUCAUAUAAAAGGACAUGCUGAAUUUAGAAUAUAAAAGGAAAAACACUCUAAACUGUAUAUGGAUGAAUGAAAUUUGUUAAAUUCAUCUGCUCAGAAGUAAUAACUGAAAUGCAAGUGAACAAUUCUGAACUCCAUGUUUUGAACAGAUGAUGAUGAAAACAGUGUCACACAUAAACAAUGUCAAACAGCUAGUAUAGGUGAAACAUCCAUUUUCAGUGAAUUGUUUGAAACUGAUUAAAAUUGAUAAAUCAGGUACAGUCAUAGACAUCCAUUUGUCACAAACAGCUUUAAGGCCCAAUUACCCAUUUUGAUUAACAAAGCAAAAUGCACUGUCUCAAAAAUAUAUAAUUAGGAAGUUGUUUUUAUUUUCAUUGAAUACACGAACAGUUGUCAAAAAGAAAAGUGAAGAUAAUGAACAGUGAUCAGUCUCAUAAAUCUUCUAACUAAGGAAUACAAAUUUGAGAGUAGGGCAACACAGACCCCUGGACACCAGAGGUGGGAUCAGACAAACACAGACCCCUAGACACACCAGAGGUGGGAUCAGACAAACACGGACCCCUAGACACACCAGAGGUGGGAUCAGACAAACACAGACCCCUGGACACACCAGAGGUGGGAUCAGGUGCCUAGGAGUAAGCAUCUCCUGUUGAUUGGUCACGCCCUCCAUGAGCCUUAUGUAUCUUGAUCAGGAAAAUGGAGUAAUCCAUAGCUAAAUCAUUUUGUAAAAAACAGUCUACCAGUAUGAAACAUGCCGAACAGUAUUCAAUCUAAUGACAUGUUGUAUUUGCAAAUUAGAUCAUUAUAAUGACCUUAUAAUUUGCAAAAUGCUGACUUUAAAUGAGACUAUUGAAACCUUUGUAACUUAAAUGCAUGUUUUGCCCUUCUUUCAAUUUUGUAUAGGAUAUAUGAGAUUGAUCUGCACUGUUUGUUAUUUUCACUUUUUGUUUUUGACAACAUGCUGUAUAUUCCAUGAAAAUAAAAAUAACUUCCCAAAAUAUUUUUGGGACUGCAUUUUGCUCUGUUGGUCAAAAUGGGAAAUUAGGUCAGUAUUUUAUUUUUGAAUUACAUUGGAAAUGUUCAUAGAAAAGAUUUAGAAGAAAAACAAUUCCUCACUAACCUACCCGUGUGUCAAUCCUACCCAUCCAUAAGCAAAGGGAAAACACAAACAAAUUUUAUUUAGGUCAAAAUUACCAACAAUUUGUCACUGUUUUAGAUGACUUUGACAUUAUAGUUUAGUUGAUAAACCACAAAUUGUCACAAGCACAUUAUUCAUAAUUCAACCCUAUACAGUAUUGUGACUUUAGUGAAUGACUUUAAGAAAUCUAUAAUCUAGUCUAUUUUCAUUUCAUCAUUCUGAUCUAGGGGUAGGUAGGUAAAAAUUGUGUACUAUUUUUUUUUUGGUGCCAAUCAUUGAGCAUAUCUCCUAAAUAAUGUCAAGUCUCGCCAGAACUACUGCCGACUGACCUUUCACUGAUGGCAUGCAUAUCCUUAUAGCAUUUCAAUAACUAUAUUCCCCUUUAAUUCUUGAUGUUCUGAUUUGGAAUUUGUUUAUGAGCCAGAUGCAUGGCCUUGAAACACUAUUUUAUUAAUAUAAUCUUCAUGUUUCAGAGUCAUCAGAUAAUUAACUAUAUAUACAUGUAUUUUAAUUUAGGUCUAGAAAUGUUACAAUGAUUGUCUAAACAUGACAGCACUGAUACAGUCUGUGUAAGAAGUGAUUUGUACGUUACUGUUUUAAGUUUCCAUCAAUUAGAAUAUGAGAGAUGAAUUUUCAUUGGGUUUUUUUAUGUGGAAUUUUACGUAACACUGAUAAUGAGGCUUUGAAGUCUGCCGCUGGGAUUAGAGGUGUUGUGGUGGCAUAAACUCGACUGGAUCAAUGCAUACUCGGCUGAUGCCCGAAGAAGGCACAGGAAAAUAGAUAAAACUUUACUGUGACACGUUGCAAAUAAAAAUGACAAAACUUUCUAUAGAGCUUUUUAUAGGAUAUGUUUUGUGUAGUUGUGGUCUAAAGAAAACAUGCAUAUUAAUUUAUGGCAAAUGGAUGAGACCUUAACGGAUUUAGAGCAGUCCUGUUUGAGAUGACACUUGGCUGUAAUAGAUGUGAAUAUGUAAAGUUGCCCGAAUUUUGUCUCUUUUUAAAACAGUAGAUAUGUUGCCAUGACAUACGGAUGCUCAUCUGUGAAUGGAAAGAAGUGAACUUGGAAUGGCUUGAUAUCUAACUAUAUUUCAUCUUGACAAAGACAAGAUCUACGUGCACCGUGGAAGUGCAACAAGAUUUAUUCAAUAUACGGAGGAUGCAGUCAAUGACAAAGAAUUACAAAGGUUAACGUAUACAAGAAAUAUCUUGAAUUCUAAUGCUGUACAAUGAAGAGGAUGACAGUUCUUUUGUGGAGAAAACGAGUGAAAUACUUAAUGUUUCUUGUGCUUUUUUUUUCAACUUUUAUAUACAUUUUUAAUGUUUCAUUUAUAGUUCUGGGAUGUUCUGGUUCAAAUGAAAAUAAAAAUUUGCGUGGCAUUCAUGGGAAUAUGGAUGAAGAGCAAUCUUGUCCAGAACAGAACAAUUUUGUGUUUAUUAAGUGCAUGAAAUGUGCGACUGAAACCAUGGGAACGAUAGUUAGAAGGUUUGGUCUCGUGCGGAAUUUAAAUUUUGUUGUUCCAGUAAAGAACAAUAUUUAUCUAGGAUGGCCUUUUCUAAUUGAGGAUCUUGAUUAUAGACCCUCUAAAAGGCCUUUUAACAUUUUAAUGGAGCAUGCAAUUUAUAAUCAUACUAGAAUGGCAAAAAUGAUGGCGAAUAACACUCGGUACAUUACCAUCAUACGAGAUCCGUGGCACCGAUUGACUUCCUCAUUUUCAUAUUUUAGUCUCGGUUACGUUGUAGAACCCCCAGUCAAUUUCAGUGAAUAUGUUCAGAACAUCCGGAAAUAUGAUGAUAUUUAUAAAGGACCGGAUAAGCGAGCCUGGAGAUUCUGCUUUCCUAAUGGAUUUUCCGUCGUCCAAAAUUUAAUGGCGCAUUGUUUAGGUAUGCCCCUGGGAUUUCCAGCUGGUCGGAGGGAUAUUUCCUUGAAUGACACUGCAAUUAUGCAAUAUAUCCAUGAAUUAGACAGUCAAUUCUUUCUUGUCAUGAAUGUUGACUAUUUCAUGGAAUCAUUAAUUUUGCUAAAACGCAUGAUGUGUUGGACAUUUAAGGAUAUUUUACACCAUAACAGCAAUGUGGGAAAACACAAACUUCAUGAAAUUGUACCAACUGAACAUGAAUUUCAAAUUUAUUACAAUUUUAGUAGAAUAGAUUUUAUUCUCUAUGAACAUUUCAACAAAUCUUUUUGGAUGAAAAUUCAGAGACAUGGACCGGAUUUCUUUGAUGAAGUUAACCAUUUUAAAGUUGUGCAACUUUUAAUGGAGAGAUUUUGUUUUGUUGAGAACAAUGCUAACUCUAAAGGACAGUCUAUAAUUAUCCCAAAAUCCAAAUAUAACGAGGAAUUUACCAUUACGAGUGAAGACUGUGGUUAUAUGACGAGAUACCUCUUACAGGAUAUACGGGAUCAGUAUAAUAAAGAGGAACUAGGGGGAGACAAAUCUAUGCUCUGGUAUGCCAAGGAACCAGACAAAGGGGAAAUACCAAAGAGAGGCUGCUCAUUUCCUCUGCCGUAGUUUCCAUGAAGAAAACACUAUUGUUAUGUUAUUUGUCAUGGGUCACAACUUUUUUUUCAUUGCUUUCUGUUGAAUAUUUUAUAGAAUAAAUGUUGGGAAUUUGA